GUCCUUGUUACUUUUGGGUUCUGAUUUUCAUCCUCUUAUUGUGAUUGUUUUGUUUUUUUCUUCCGGUGAUUAAUUAAUUGUUAAUAUUUAAUUAUGUCGUCUACCAUUUUACGAAAUGCUCCAAGGUUAAUCCAAACUUUGAGUAAAAAUAAUCAAAUUCAACGGUUUGGAUUGAAAAACCGUAAAAUUUCUGCUGUUCCGACUCGUGAGAUUUUGGUUAACUAUCCAGAAACCAGAGUCACCGAAUUGUCUAAUGGUAUUAGGGUAGCAACGGAAAAUUCUGGCCUCAAAACUGCCACCAUUGGUGUUUGGAUUGAUGCUGGAUCAAGAUAUGAAACACCGGAGACUAAUGGAGUUGCCCAUUACCUUGAACAUAUGGCCUUUAAGGGCACAAAUAAACGUAGUCAAACCGAUUUAGAAUUGGAAGUUGAAAAUAUGGGAGCUCAUCUUAAUGCUUACACAUCUAGGGAGCAGACUGUCUAUUAUGCCAAAUGUUUAUCUAAAGAUGCUCCUCAUGCUCUUGAAAUUAUUUCAGAUAUUCUUCAAAAUUCCAAAUUGGGAGAAGCUGAAAUUGAACGGGAAAGAUCAGUAAUCCUUCGUGAGAUGCAAGAGGUUGAGUCAAAUAUGCAAGAAGUUGUAUUUGACCAUUUACAUGCCAAUGCUUACCAAGGAACUCCUCUUGGUAUGACUAUUCUUGGACCCACUGAAAACAUUAAGAAAAUCAACCGACAAGACUUGUUAAAUUACAUCGAAGGAAAUUACAAAGGUCCUCGAAUGGUUAUCGCUGGAGCUGGUGGAGUUGAUCACGAUGAAUUAGUCAAAUUGGCUGAGAAAUAUUUCGCCAAUGUCAAGGUGACUUAUGAUGGUGUUAAAAUACCAGAAAUAAACAAUUGCCGAUUCACUGGAAGUGAUUUCAGAAUAAGAGAUGAUGAUAUGCCAUUCGUUUAUGGAGCUUUCGCCGUUGAAGGUGCUGGUUGGGAUAAUCCUGAUAACAUCCCUCUUAUGGUUGCAAACACCAUUCUUGGUUCUUAUGAUCGAUCUCAAGGUGGCGGAAAUUCAGUUACAUCUCGUUUAGCUCAACUUUCAGCUGAAAAAAAUUUGUGUGCAUCUUAUCAAUCAUUUAAUACUUGUUACAAAGAUACAGGUCUAUGGGGUGUUUACUUUGUUUGUGAUCGACUUGUUAUAAACGAGUUCAUUGAAGAGAUGUGUAAAAGUUUUGAUCUUUUAUCAUCAGCAGUCAAAGAAUCAGAUGUUACUCGGGCUAAGAAUAUGUUAAAGACAAACAUGUUACUUCAAUUGGAUGGUACUACUCCCAUUUGUGAAGAUAUUGGUCGACAAAUGUUAUGUUAUGGCCGAAGAAUACCAAUCGCUGAAAUGGAAGAGCGAAUCAAUUCAAUCACCGCAUCGGACGUAAAAAAGGCAAUGCAAACCUACGUUUAUGAUCAAGAUCCUUCAGUAGUCGCUAUUGGACCUGUCGAAAGUCUAGUUGAUAAUACACUUUACAGAGGAUGGAUGUCAUUCUGGAGGUUCUAAGAUUGUUGAAUCUUGAAAGUCCAUAAUUUAGAUUUAAUUGUACAAACCAGCAAACAGCAAAUUAACAAAGUCAUGAUGGUGAAUCGUUAAAAUGAAUAAACAAAAAUUCAUUCUUAAUUUAA